AUGGGGUCAUCGUCGCCGCGGCCGCCGCUGCAUGCUUCCCAGGAGCUGGAGAGCGCGCUGCGGCUGCAGAACCACUACAAGCAGCGCGCCAAGGACGCCCUCGCAGCCGCCGCCGAGCGCGAGGCCGACGGCGCCGCCGAGCGCGACGACCGCGCGAGCGCCGCCGCGGCCGCGGCCGAGGAGGAGGUGGAGGAGCUGCAGGAUGAGGUGGUGCGCCUCAGAUCAGCGGCAGAGGCCAACCUCAGAUCAGCGGCAGAGGAUCAAUUCGCGGCUGAGCUGACAUCCCUAAGCAAGGCCAAGGCCCAGGCGCAGCGCGAGUGCGACGCGCUGCGCGACCUCGCGGCCCAGGCGGCCGCGCAGCACAGGGAGGAGCUCGCGCGCUGGGUGCAGGAGAACGCGGCGCUCAAGGCGCGCAUCGCGUCCGACGCCGCCGCGGCCGCGAUGGGCGGCGGCGCCGGCGCGGGGCGCGGCGCCGGGAAGACGUUCGGCGCGCUGCAGGGCGGCGGCGGCUUUGGCGGCGGCGCCGCGGCUGCGGUGGAGCGGUUCGUCGCGGCGCUGGAGCGGCGGAAGCGGGGGCUGGCGCCGCUGGUGGCGGUUGCGGCGGUGGUGCUGCUGGUGGCUUUUGUGGCGGUCGUCCGAGCGGCCUCGAGCGGGCGCGGCGGGACGUGCGUCCUGCACCGGCUGGGAAUUAUCGUCGGCCCGGGCUGCGGGCGGCCGGGCGGCGCGGCCGCGGGCGGCGGCGGUGGGGGGCCCCUGCUGGGGCGCGCGGGCGGCGGGGGCAGCCUGCGGCGGUUGCUGGACGUCGGUUCGUUUUGGGAAGACGCAGGGUGA